AUGAACCCAUCCAGGACAGGCGGUGCCACGUACAGUCACGGCAAGAAAUGCGAUGUGCAAGGCCAAGAUGUUGGGCUGUGGCUACAAUAUGUGCCGGAAAUAGUUAGAAAAGAAAAAAGAAAAGAAAAAAAAAAAGAAGAAGAAAAGGGCCCUUUAAACAAGGCCAGCAAUGAGAAUGCAGGAUGGUUCUUGGCCGAUGGAAAGGGGCCAGAGGUGUCCUAUGGACGGCCAUUGCAUGGGUUUAUCACCAAGUAA